UGGAAUUGAAAGCAGUCUUCUCCAUUUCUACUCUUCUUACAUCUCCCCAUUUCUAGAUUCUAUGCUCCGAUGGAGAAGCAAGGACGCUGCUUAAGACGAUUAAUCUUCGGCUGUUGUGAAUCGAGCUAAGUAUUUUCGUUUUCCUUUUCCAUCUCAAUCACAAUCUACCCUUGCCUUUAUCAGAAUCCCGGUUGUUUUUGUCUUGAUGAAGGUGAUUAGAGAUUAGGGUUUGGGGAUGUUAUUCGAUUAUUGCCCAAUCUCAUUUCUUAUGAAUGCAAUUCUAGACCUUUCUUUCGUGAUGUCCUCUUUAUCGGCUUAUGAUUUGAUUACUCAAGAUUUUCUUCGUUUCAAUGCAUAUAUGUAAAUGUUGAGAGGUUUAGUAACUGAGCUACCGAUCGCAUUAAUCAUAGGGGAGAGAGUUUUGGUGGUUCCUUAAUAGGAAUUCCCCUUUUGCUUGAUUGUUUCUCCCAAAGCAGACCUUUUUGCUUCUGAAACUGUGUUGUUUGGUGAAAAUUCUGGCAAUACUCAUAGAUGGAGAAGUCAGAGAGUUCCAACAGCAGAAACUGGGGCGUAUUGUUCCGUCUCUUUGCUAAAGCGAUUGCGGAUGAGGAUGACUGUCGUAAAAUUGAAGCUUUGAGCAAGCUUGCAACAAUGUCGGAACACGCACCUGAAAGUAUAUUGGUACGUACUGUGCCGAUGUUAUUAGAGCUUCUCGGAAGCCCUUACAGUAACUCAAAUGCAAAUGUUCAAGAAGCAUCAGCUUGCUGCUUGGCAUAUAUUUCUUCUCAAGGUGAUAUGGCACAUCUUAUAGGUCAUUCAGAUGCCAUCCCUAGACUAGUGAGACUGUUGCCAAAUUCUGAUGGGAGUUUCCAGAUGGCUUUGUUGAAGUGCCUCCGAAGAGUUAUAACAUAUUGGAUCCCAAAUCGCGUGAGCUUGGCUAGCCAUGGUGGAUUGGAAACCGUUCUUGCUAUGCUUGAAACAAGCUCGGGCGAGUUUAAGGAGAUUCUGUUGGAAAUCUUGAGUUCAUUGGCUCUUGUAAGAGAGGUUAGGAAGUUUCUUUGGAAUUUAAGGAGAGUCGAUCUUCUUGUCGAAGCUGCUAGUCAUGGCUGCAUGAGUUCUAGAACUAGGGCUGCUCAGGCAAUUGGCUUACUCGGAUUGAUUAAAAGAGCAUGUCGUGCACUUGUGGAUGUGGGCGCUGUACCAGUGCUCAUGCAUUUACUCACAGAGGGAACUGCCACAGCGCAAGUGGUGGCUGGUAAUUCACUUGGUGUAAUCUCUUCUCAUGUCGAUUUCAUCAGACCUAUUGCUCAAGCAGGAGCUAUUCCUUUGUACGUUGAGCUUCUUUGCGGCUCUAAUCUUGCUGGCAAGGAAGUUGCAGAGGAUGUAUUAUGUGUAUUAGCUGUUAAUGAAGAGAAUGCAGUGGAAAUUGUUGAAAACUUGGUCAGGAGUCUUAGAGGAGGCGAUGCCAGAGCUAAAGCUGCAGCUAUUGGUGUUAUAUGGGAUUUGUCGAGUUACAAGUACUCAUCUCCUGCAGUACGGAACAACUCUUGUGUCAUCCCAAUCUUAGUUGAGCUUUUGGGGGAUGAGAACUUUGAUGUUAGAGAGAAAGCUGCUGGAGCUGUUGCUCAGAUGAGCCAAAACAAGGCUGAUCGUGCAGUUCUCGCUAAUUCUGGAGCUAUACAACGGCUCAUCAGUAUGCUAGAAGCCGAGGAUGAUGUGCUGAGAGACGAUGCUGCAGAAGCACUUGUAAAUUUCUCUUUGGACCCAUCACUUGGGGAGCAGAUCUCCUGUAUACUGGAGAAUCCUCUAUUCCAGAAUAUGCAGCUUAGAGUGAUGCAGAUGCGCGACGCUGAUCGACAUAUGGAGCCGUCUUUACAAGACCCACUCACCUUGAAUCCUGCUGCCCUCUCUGGAAUUUUUCAUUAAUUUAUCAGUAGCAUUACAGAUAAAAACAUGCAUCUGUGAAGUUUACAUUCAGUUCAGAUCUUUUUACAGCAUCCUAAAUAAUUGUACUAUUUCUUUUUGUUGGAAUCUAUAUCUAUACUGUAAAAUGGCAGUUGUGGGUGUUAGAGUUUUGGAUUGUUGUAAAAACUCUUAUUUUAUUUUUCAAUAAAUGAAACUGAUUAUUUUUUCA